GAAAGUAACAAAAUGCGGGAACGAGAGAGAAAGCAAAGAAAGGGAUCACAAUGAACCACUUAAAAGUGCGAUUUUUUUCGAGAUUAUUCUCUCAGUUUCCGUGAUUUUCGGUUGAGGAUUUCGUCCGAUUUGUUCUGGGUUUUUGGGGGGAUGCGGUGCGUCAGCGGUGUCGUUUGAUCUCCGCUUCUCGAACAUUCAAUUGACGACUCGAUUUGGGGAUGAUUCAAUCUAUUUUCGGCCUAAUUUUUUGAUUGAUUUUUGCUCGUGAUGAUUCCAGGAAGUUGUUAAUAUCACUACUGAUGUAAUCUAGUUGGCGAAUUGAGUUGCUGACUUUUUGGGGGUCUCCGAAAGAUUGAAUUUUGGUCCUCUUUGUGUAUUUUACUAGUUAGUGAUUAUAGCUUGGUGGUUAGCAGAUGAACAUGUCAGGAUGAAUGGUCUUGGCAAGGACCACCGUCGAUGGAACCACCUGAUAAGAGGUUCUCUGAGUUUGUAGACCUAGUGAAGUCAUGGAUGUCGCGGAGGUCGGAGCCAACAAAUGUUUCAAGGGAUUUUUGGAUGCCGGACCAUAGUUGUAGGGUAUGCUAUGAAUGUGAUUCGCAAUUUACAGUUUUCAACCGUAGACACCAUUGUCGUCUCUGUGGGCGGGUUUUCUGUGCAAAGUGUACUGCAAAUUCUGUGCCUGUCCCAUCUGAUGAUCCGAAGAAUUCCAGAGAAGAGUGGGAGAGGAUUCGUGUAUGCAACUAUUGCUUCAAGCAAUGGGGGCAGGAUGUAACAUUGGUGGAUAAUGGAAUUCAAGUGUCAAGUCCGGUCCUUAGUCCUUCCAUUUCAACAACAAGCUUGGUCAGCUCCAAAUCUAGUGGCACUGAAAACAGUAGUAUUGCCACUGCAGUAUCUACUUCACACUCAACUGCGGGCUUUCAACGAGCCUCAUAUGUUUUUGUUCCCAGUCCCAGUCAUACUGUUCAAAUUGAACCAUGCUCUGACAAGCAAGCUAUGACAAUAUCAGGGAGGAACAUUGACUCUGUUAUGGAUGCAAACCAUGUUGGGAAUCCUUCCUCUAAUCAGUUGAGCUUCUGCAUUAACAGAAGUGAUGAUGAGGAUGAAGAGUAUGGCGCCUGCCACUUUGACUCAGGGUCGCAACAUUUCCCACAUUUUGGUGGCUAUUAUGGUCCUGCUGAGUUUGAUGAUGUUGAUCAAGGUUAUCCAAUGAAUAAUGUUUGUCAUGCUGAGGAAAAUGGUGAUCCUACGGAAAUUGUUUCUCCCAUUUGCAAUAACACAGAAUUUCAUACCUCAUUAGGUGCUGGUAAAGUGGCAGAAGCAGAGCAUGUUAACAGUUUUGAUUGUGAUGCUUCAUCUACCAUCUACAGAAUCGAAGAUACAGAUGCGGACCCUGUGGACUAUGAGAACACCAGACAGCUCUGGCUCCCUCCUGAGCCUGAGGAUGAAGAAGAUGAGAAAGAAGCUAUUCUCUAUGAUGAUGAUGAAGAGGAUGCUUCUGGAGAAUGGGGAUAUUUACGGUCAUCCAACAGCUUUGGUAGUGGUGAAUUUCGUAGUAGAGAUCGGUCAACCGAAGAGCACAAGAAAGCCAUGAAGAAUGUUGUUGAUGGACAUUUUAGAGCUUUGGUAGCUCAACUUCUUCAAGUUGAAAAUAUAUCUGUGGGUGACGAAGAGGGAAAAGAGAGUUGGUUGGAAAUAAUUACAUCUUUGUCUUGGGAAGCAGCAACUAUUCUGAAGCCUGACACUAGCAAGGGAGGAGGAAUGGAUCCUGGUGGUUAUGUGAAGAUUAAAUGCAUUGCUUGUGGGCAUAGGAGUGAAAGCAUGGUGGUCAAAGGAGUUGUUUGCAAGAAGAACAUUGCCCAUCGACGUAUGGCAUCAAAGAUGAUAAAACCUCGUUUCUUAAUUCUUGGAGGUGCACUUGAAUAUCAUCGAAUCACAAAUCAACUUUCAAGCUUUGAUACUUUGUUGCAACAGGAAAUGGAUCACUUGAAGAUGGCAGUUGCCAAGAUAGAGUCUCACCACCCAAAUGUUCUGUUGGUUGAGAAAUCAGUGUCCCGUUUUGCACAGGAUUAUCUUCUUGAUAGAAACAUCUCACUUGUUCUCAACAUUAAAAGGCCGCUCUUAGAACGAAUAGCCCGUUGCACUGGUGCUCAGAUAAUACCUUCAAUUGAUCAUUUAUCAACUCCAAAACUGGGUCACUGUGAUUAUUUUCAUGUGGAAAAGUUUGUUGAGGAACAUGGAAGUGCUGGUCAGAAAGGGAAGAAAUUGCUCAAGACAUUGAUGUUUUUUGAAGGUUGCCCAAAGCCAUUGGGUUGUACUAUUUUGCUCAAAGGUUCAAAUGGUGAUGAGCUGAAGAAGGUCAAGCAUGUUGUUCAAUAUGGAGUAUUUGCAGCCUAUCAUUUGGCUUUGGAAACAUCUUUUCUUGCUGAUGAAGGUGCCUCUCUGCCUGAACUUCCCUUGAAAUCACCAAUUACUGUUGCAUUGCCGGAUAAACCAUCCAGCGUUGACAGAUCUAUUUCUACUAUACCUGGUUUCACAACUUCUGCUUCCAAGUCUGUUGGCAGUGAUAUUGAAAGAUCCAAAACCUCAUCCAAUGAAAAGAUGGAAGCAAUGUUUUCAUGUUUAACUGGAAUUGUUGGUUCCAAAUGUUCCCAACCUCACUCAACGAUCAUUACUCCAUGCAGUAACAUGAAUGAUUUUGCGCAAUCUAAUAAUGAGGAAUGUGGGUUGAGCCUAAAAUUAGGUCAUGUUUAUCUUCACAAUUAUCCCUCUAGAUUGUUGUCCAACUCUGCUUCAGUAUCCUUGUCCUCUCAUGCUACAAGUGAGGAGAGUAAAAUUGGCUCUGUAGAACAUAUUGAGGCUGAGACUUUUGGAAAGGAUGAUGGAGCUAAUACAAAUAUCCCUACUGGCCCAUUCAAACAUAUUGAUGGUUUGAAGACCUUUGAAGUAGGCGACCACACCUAUUUUGAUGACAAACACAUGAUAGAAAAGCAGCUUGAUUCCUCUGUUAUUGGAUCUUCACAUCAAGAUAGUGACAAGAGAGAUGAGCAUGCAUUAUUGAAAGAAGAAUUCCCUCCUUCACCUUCUGAUCACCAAAGCAUCUUGGUCUUCCGGUCGGCCAGGUGCGUCUGGAAAGGGACUGUUUGUGAGCGUCCACAUCUUUUCCGAAUCAAAUAUUAUGGCAGCUUUGACAAGCCUUUGGGAAGAUUCCUACGAGAUCAUCUAUUUGAUCAAAAUUUUCGUUGCCGUUCCUGUGAGAUGCCAUCGGAAGCCCAUGUUCUUUGUUAUACUCAUCGUCAAGGUAGUCUGACAAUUUCCGUCAGAAAGCUAUCAGAAGUUCAUUUGCCAGGAGAACGGGAUGGAAAGAUCUGGAUGUGGCAUAGGUGCCUUAGGUGUCCUCGGGUUGAUGGAUUACCACCAGCAACUCAAAGGGUUGUCAUGUCUGAUGCAGCUUGGGGUCUAUCUUUUGGUAAAUUUUUGGAGCUUAGCUUUUCAAAUCAUGCUGCUGCAAGUAGGGUAGCUAGUUGUGGUCACUCUCUUCAUAGGGACUGCCUCCGGUUCUAUGGGUUUGGGAAAAUGGUUGCUUGCUUCAGGUAUGCAUCAAUAAAUGUUCACUCUGUUUACCUCCCACCUCCCAAACUUGAUUUCAGUUGCCAGCACCAGGAGCGUAUACAAAAUGAAGUAGAUGAGGUAGCUGACAAAGCAGAACUUCUAUUCAGUGAGGUAUUGAAUGCAAUUUGCAUAAUCGUGGAGAAGAAGCUAGACACUGUGCCCAUCAAUGGUGGUCAUAUGAAAGCAGUGGAGUCGAGGCGUCACAUUUUGGACCUUGAAAUAAUGCUGCAAAAAGAGAAAACAGAAUUCGAGGAAUCCUUCCAGAAGUUAAUUAAGAGAGAGGGAGAUAAGGGACAACCCGUGGUUGAUACUCUUGAGCUCAACAAGUUGCGCAGGCAAUUGCUUUUCCAGGCAUAUUUAUGGGAUCAGAGAUUAAUUUUGGUCUCAGGUUCCCAGAGUAGACUUCAUGAAGUACUAAGUAGUUUCCUGACAAGAAAUAAGAACUCCAUUGAGAAGUUUGGGGAUCUAAAUUUAUCCCCUAAGCCGCUUGGGACCUCCACCAGUUUAGAUGCGGCUAUGCCAGAUUCAAGAACCAUUAAUUUCCUUAAAGAGAGAAUUGAUGUUGAUCAGCAAGGUAGUCUUAUUGAUCCUUCCAACCAACCUAGUCUAGGACAAGAUCAUCAGAAUGGAAAGCAUAGCAAAACUUAUCUUCCUACUAGUGCUAGUUCGAAUGAUAAAUUGGACUCUCCAGAAUCUGGCCUUAGGAUUCAUAGGAUUGCUUCAGAUGGGCAGUUCUCAACUGUGAACAAUCUAUCAGACACCUUCGAUGCGAAAUGGACAGGUGAAAACAACAAUGUUAUUUCUGAGGCAGGCAUUCCGAAAUCAUCGAUUUUGUUGGAUACUGUGUCAUCCUCAGAUGAUUUUGAUGCAAGAAAUGGAACUGACGUUGACCAACCAUUUUCUGCAUUAUGGCCUCUAAGAUAUGGUGACAUCAUAGAAGAUUUCUCUAACGUGAUCAAAAUGUCAUUUCUAAAUUUCUACCAUAUUAUCAACAAGAACUCAGUUAGUUCACCAAAAUUUGAUGUACUCAGUGAGCACAAUCCAGUUUAUAUCUCUUCCUUCCGGGAGCUAGCACGGCAGGGUGGAGCAAGGUUGUUUCUUCCUAUAGGGGUUAAUGACAUAGUUAUCCCGAUAUAUGAUGACGAACCAACCAGUGUAAUUUCUUAUGCACUUGUUUCGUCAGAGUAUCAUGCUCAGGUGACAGGCGAGUGGGAUAGAGUAAAAGAUGCCGGAGAUUCGGCCCUUUCAUUGCCUAUUUUUGAUUCACUUGAUGAAUUAAGCGCUGAAUCCUUUAAAACUAUUAGUUCAGCUGAUGAUAGCCUUAUGUCCAUGUCUGGGAGUAGAAAUUCUCUUGUUUCAGAUCCACUGGCAUAUACAAAGGGUAUGCAUGUCAGAGUUUCUUUUACCGAUGAAGGCCCUGCUGGGAAAGUAAAAUAUAGUGUGACUUGUUAUUAUGCCAAAUAUUUUGCGGCUUUGAGAAGAAUUUGCUGCCCUUCUGAACUUGACUUUAUAAGGUCCCUCAGCCGCUGUAAGAAAUGGGGAGCACAGGGCGGCAAAAGCAAUGUCUUCUUCGCAAAAUCUUUAGACGAUCGAUUCAUCAUAAAACAGGUUACAAAGACAGAGCUGGAAUCAUUUAUCAAGUUUGCUCCCGAGUACUUUAAGUAUCUCACGGAAUCCAUUGCCACCGGGAGCCCCACAUGCUUGGCUAAAAUUCUUGGGAUUUAUCAGGUUACGAUAAAACAGCUGAAAGGCGGAAAAGAGACGAAGAUGGAUGUGCUGGUUAUGGAAAAUCUUCUAUUUGGACGUAAUGUGACGCGGCUGUAUGACCUCAAGGGAUCUUCAAGAUCACGCUACAAUCCUGAUUCAAGUGGCAGCAACAAAGUCCUUCUCGAUCAAAACUUGAUCGAGGCGAUGCCAACUUCUCCUAUUUUUGUUGGCAAUAAAGCAAAAAGGCUACUGGAGAGAGCCGUCUGGAAUGAUACUUCUUUUUUAGCGUCUAUAGAUGUUAUGGAUUAUUCUCUACUGGUCGGGGUGGACGAGGAAAAACAUGAACUGGUACUUGGAAUCAUCGACUUCGUGAGGCAAUACACAUGGGACAAACAUUUGGAGACAUGGGUGAAAUCUUCGGGCAUUUUGGGUGGACAAAAGAAUGUCUCACCGACCGUGAUCUCGCCGAAGCAGUACAAGAAGCGAUUCCGGAAAGCCAUGUCGACAUACUUCCUCAUGGUACCAGAUCAAUGGUCACCUUCUGCUAUCAUUCCCAGUAGAUCACAGUCUGAACUCUAUGAAGAUAACCAACAAGCUGCCUUGGAAUCAUAGAUUAUCUUUGUGUAUGCUGUCAAGCUAUGAUUUCAUCGUAUUUUUUCGAGUUUGCAUUGCAUAUAUAUAUAUAUAUAUUCAUUUUGUUUGCUAAUGUUUGUUGAUGUGGAUUAUUUGUUUGUUAAAUGUGUGUUGAUAAGAGUCUUGCCAGGUUUCAUGCAAUUUAUGUCUGUCUUGUUAGUAAAUAUAAUUUGAAUCCAUUUGUUGUCUGUUUUUGGAUAUAGUAUUGAUGUACAGUUACUCA